UAAGAGCUGCACCAUAGGAAUGGUUCUUCGGCUGUGGAGCGACACUAAAAUCCAUCUUGAUGGUGAUGGUGGCUUCAGCGUGAGCACUGCAGGGAGGAUGCACAUCUUCAAGCCAGUCUCGGUGCAAGCCAUGUGGUCUGCUUUACAGAUCCUCCACAAAGCCUGCGAGGUGGCAAGAAGGUACAACUACUUCCCAGGCGGGGUGGCCUUGGUGUGGGCCACGUACUACGAAAGCUGCAUCAGCUCCGACCAGAGCUGCAUCAAUGAGUGGAAUGCGAUGCAGGACCUGGAAUCCACCCGCCCCGACUCUCCAGCACUGUUUGUUGACAAGCCAACUGAAAGGGAACGAACAGAGCGGCUCAUUAAAGCCAAACUCCGGAGCAUCAUGAUGAGCAAAGACCUGGAAAAUGUCACUUCCAAGGAGAUACGAAAUGAGCUGGAGAAACACAUGAACUGCAACUUGAAGGAAUUCAAGGAAUUCAUAGACAAUGAAAUGCUGCUUAUCCUGGGUCAGAUGGACAAACCAUCUCUCAUUUUUGAUCAUUUAUAUCUGGGCUCUGAGUGGAAUGCCUCCAACCUCGAGGAGCUGCAGGGCUCAGGCAUUGACUACAUCUUGAACGUGACCAGGGAAAUUGAUAACUUCUUCCCUGGUUUGUUUGCAUAUCACAACAUCCGAGUGUACGACGAGGAGACAACAGACCUCCUGGCUCACUGGAACGAGGCCUAUCACUUCAUAAACAAGGCCAAGAAGAACCACUCCAAGUGCCUGGUGCACUGCAAGAUGGGGGUGAGCCGCUCGGCGUCCACCGUCAUCGCGUACGCGAUGAAGGAGUUCGGCUGGUCGCUGGAGAAGGCCUAUAACUACGUGAAGCAGAAGCGCAGCAUCGCGAGGCCAAACGCGGGCUUCAUGAGGCAGCUGCUGGAGUAUGAAGGCAUUUUAGAUGCGAGCAAGCAGCGCCACAACAAGCUGUGGAAGCAGCAGGCAGAGAGCAACCUGCCCCCCAACACGGACGGCACCACGGGCUCGAGUGACUUCCUCCUCGAGAGCCUGGACAUCGACCUGGAGAACCGCCUGGCUGACCUGGACAUGCCUUCGCAGUCGGCGUACCUGGACAACCGCGCCGGCACCGACGGGUCCGUGGGCUUUAAAUACUGCUUCCGCCGCCUCUCGGACAACUGCUGCUUCCGCCGCCUCUCGGACACGCUGCUGGAGAACAAGAUUCCCGGUGACAGGGAGGGCUUUUUCCCUGUGGAGCUGGAGCGGGAUGUGCUUGCGGAGCGCACUGCCUCGCUGGUGGGACAGCAUCCGUCUGCACCAUCCGAGGGGAGGACGCUGGAGACAGCAAAAGCCCUGGAGACCGCAGAGCCGCUGGCAGAGCUGAGCAGCUUCUGUGAGAAGGAGGCAAAGAAGAAGCUGGAUUUCAGCCCGCGGAAGGGGAGGAUAGUGCUGGGCCCCGGGGACCACAGGGAGGACGCUGUCAGGGAGGAAAAUCCAGUGGAGAAGUGGAAGCGGCGUUUGUCCGUGCACAAGGAGGAGAGCAGGCUUAAUAGGGAGAACUUGAAUAACAACAACAGCAAAAGGAGUUGCCCAGAGGAUUUUGAGCACGAUGCUGUGUUUGGGAUCCUCAGUAAGGUGAAGCCUUCCUACCAGUCCUGCGCCGACUGCAUGUACUCCUCAGCUGGUUUGUCCCCGGACUCCUUUGGGGAGCAGUGUGAGAAGCUGAACCCCGGCACCGCGCGUCGCAGCGCUGCCACCAUCUGCACGCAGCCAGCCUUCCUCUCCCACGUCAACUCCAACUUGGCAGAGCACCUGCCCAGCAAGGCACGCUUGGAGGAGGCAAUCAGAACUAAACCCAGCGAGGCUCCGCUUCCUCCCUCGGCAGGAGCUGGUGCUCUGGAGGCUGGUGCUUGCAAAUCGCUCGAUCAGCACUGCGGUGUUUUGGAGAAGGGAAAAGAUGCACCAAAAAGCCCGGUCAAAGCUCUGCUGCCCAGGAGAAACUCACACUGUGACAAGAGCCUCCUUAAUGUGGAAGUGGUAAAAGAGGAGUCUCUAGCCAGAAAAGACAGCAAACCUACCAAGGAUCUGAAGUACUUGUUCAGCAAAGACUUGGAAAAGCCAAGUGCAAACAGUUACUUGAUGCAGCAUCAGGAGUCUCUUAUCCAGCUGCAGAAGGCAGGCCUGGUUAGGAAGCACACGAAAGAGCUGGAGCGGCUGAAGAGCCUGCCCUCGGAGGCCUCAUCCCUGCUCAGAGAGAGCCCUUUGAGCAGGGUGGACUCUGGCAUCAUGGAGGAGAGCGAGGAUUUGAUUUCACAUCCCACCCUCGUGCCUCUCCUGGGACCAGCACCGCUGAUAGCCGGAGAUGCGGAGAAGUCGGAGGUGAAGCGCGUCCUGGAGGGGAUCUCCCAGAAAACCUCCACGCCUGUGGCGUGCCGGCUGGAGCACACGAGCAGCUUCACCAAGGACUUCCUGAAGACCAUCUGCUACACCCCGUCCUCCUCCCGCAGCUCCAACCUGACGCGCAGCUCCAGCAGCGACAGCAUCCACAGCGUGCGGGGCAAGCCCGGCCUCGUGAAGCAGCGGACUCAGGAAAUAGAGACCCGGCUGCGGCUGGCGGGCUUGACCGUGUCUUCCCCUCUGAAAAGGUCCAACUCUCUCGCCAAGCUGGGGUGUCUGAACUUGUCCUCUGAGGACUUGUCCAGCGACAUGGAGGUGUCAACCAUCACGGACUCCAAAGAGGCCGUUUCCAGCGAGUCUUCCAUGCUCUGUGAGCCACAAUCCACGCUGAGGGGUGCAGACAUCGCCUCCAAGCUGGCGGCGAAGCCAGCGCUUGGAAACUUGAAGAACACGCUUUGGAUGGGCAAAAGUUGA